AUGAGGAUGAUUUCAUUGUUCAUUCAAUUUUAUUUGAUCACUCUUUCAGUAGCAAAAACAGCGAGUGUAGUUAAAGGCGAGAAAGGUUUUGAAGUCUUAAAGAGUCGUUUGCGUGGUUCAGUAGCUUGGGGGUCCUAUGAAAAUACCGUGAAUAAAACUGGAUGGGGUGUGUUAGACAUCCACACCAACCCCAAAUACACAGCGACGGACCAAGCGUAUGCUGCCGGGUAUAUAGAAUCGUAUAUGACCCAUCAUUUGAUAUAUUUAUAUUGGAAGAAUUUCCUCGCCAAUGAAUACAACGGCAAAGUGCCCCAUCGAGUUCGUGAGUUCUUUUCCAUGCAAUUUCGAUUUUGGAAGAAAAACAUAUUUAGAAAGCCGGACGACUUCGACGAUGAAAAUUAUGAUGAGAAGUAUUGGUCACAACAACGUCUUAUUUAUGAACAACUGAAAGGGUUAUAUGUGGGAUACAAACAUUUCUCCUCUGCAUGUGAGAAGCUCAAAUUAGAGGACAUUUACUUACUUAAUUCUGUUGGUGACUUACCAACAGUCAGUUCAAAGUAUUCCCAUGGCUAUGGAGAUAACUCGAUGUUAGAUUUACAAGAGAAACAUCCCGAUGAGAUCUACCACGAGUGCACCGCAUACAUCAAAUUUAACAAUAAAACUAAUGAUGUGAUCUACUCUCAUAACACAUGGCGGCCGUACUAUGCAAUGUUACGUAUUUAUAAGAAUUAUUACUUCCCGUACACUCAAAAUGCAUUCCCAAUGAGCUUUGCAAGUAGUCCCGGCUUGAUCCACUCAAAGGACGACUUCUACCAACUUCAAAGUAAAAACGACCACCGCCGCUUUGGGGUGAUGGAGACAACCAACUCGUUUUAUAUCAAAAAGUUAUAUAAAAAGAUCGACCCCUUCACUCUCUUAUCUUGGCAGCGUGUUUUAGUCGCCAUGUACUUCCAAAAGACUUGUAAAAAAGUCGUAGAGACAAUAGGUAAAUACAACUCGGGGACUUACAACAAUCAGUGGAUGGUCCUAGACUUAAAGAAUGUCACAGAACAUGCCAAAGACAACGCAAACUUAUUAUUUAUAGGAGAGCAGAUGCCUGGAAGAUAUGAAGUUUUAGACGUGACGCCCACUCUUGUGAAAACCACCUUUUGGGCGUCAUACAACACGCCCUAUAUCAAAUCUAUUUAUAUCAACUCGGGCUACUUGAAAAAGGUCAAAUUGGGGAAGAAGGAGUAUAGCUACACCAAGUGCACUCGUGCGCGUUUGUUUAAGAGGGAUGGGGCCAGAAUGCAUACAAUCGACGACGUCAAGAAGCUGAUGACUAUGAAUCACUACAAAACAGAUAAACUCGCAAAGAAGCCGCGCAACCAAAUUGCGUCGAGGUACGACCUUGAGAAGUACGACAUGCGUGCACCAUUUGGCGCUGUUGAUUGUAAGAUAGGAGCAGCGUCUUUAGGCAAAACCACGUUAGCGUAUUGUGGACCAACUAAAGAAGGUGGACUUCCUCCUUUCGACUGGAAAAGGUUUCCUAAAGUGCAGCAUGAUGGGACUCCCGCUGUGUUUAAUUUCGAUUGGGUUGAAAUGACGCCGAUGAGUGAUUAA